CCCUCUCCGGUCAGCGUGCGGCUGUGUGUGUGUCGAUGUGUACCAAGUUUCCCCUCGUGGUUUUCAUACCUCGCCCUUUCUCUCCCGCCAUGUGAGGCGCCGGGAUAUGCGCCGCUCGUUUUUUGUCUGCAGACUCUGGAGGUAACGAUGAGCAAGUGAUUCUUGGGGACCUAAAUUGGGACUGAAUGUGGUUGUAACGAUGGUAACGGCAGGGUGGGGGGCAUGGGCCCUCUCCCCUUGUGGACUCAUGCUGGUCAUCGGUUGGUCUGUGUCUCUGUCCCAGCCGCAGAACGUCAGUCUUGCAGACUGCAGCAGGAAGGAGCAUCCAGUUGUCUCCUACCAAGCUCUGAGGGUGUGGGUGUUUGAGUUCUCCUAUCCGGGGGUGAAGGAUUUCUCCCAGGUAGCCAUGGACGUGAGCAGAAACCAGCUCAUUGUUGGCGCAAGAAACAUCCUCUUCCGACUGAAUUUAAGCAAUAUCUCCCUAAUACAGGCAACUGAAUGGGCUCCUGAUGAAGACACAAAGCGCUCAUGUCAAAGCAAGGGAAAAUCUGAGGAUGAAUGUCAAAACUACAUCCGGGUUUUGCUGAUUAGUGGAAGAACGCUCUUCACAUGUGGGACCAACGCUUUUACACCUGUCUGCAUGUCUAGGCGGAUUUCCAACAUCAGCCAGGUUUUGGACACAGUGAACGGUGUCGCCCGCUGUCCCUACGACCCCCGCCAUAACUCCACCGCCAUGGUGACGCAGAGGGGUGAAUUGUAUGCUGCCACAGUGAUCGACUUCUCUGGACGUGACCCGGUCAUCUACAGGAGUCUGGGCAACCUGCCGCCUCUUCGGACCGCCCAGUACAACUCCAAAUGGCUCAACGAACCUCAUUUUGUGUCCGCCUAUGAGAUCGGCCUGUUUGCCUACUUCUUCCUGAGGGAGACUGCGGUGGAAAACGACUGCGGGAAGAUGGUGUUCUCUCGGGUGGCGCGGGUCUGUAAGAACGACAUGGGGGGCCGGUUUCUGUUGGAGGACACCUGGACCACCUUCAUGAAGGCCCGCCUGAACUGCUCACGAUCAGGCGAAAUCCCCUUUUACUUCCACGAGCUGCAGAGCACCUUCCACUUGCCAGAGCAAGACCUCAUUUAUGGCAUCUUUACCACAAAUGUGAACAGUAUAUCAGCUUCUGCCAUUUGUGCCUUCAAUCUAAGCUCCAUCACUUUGGCUUUCAAUGGACCCUUUCGCUACCAGGAGAAUCCCCGCACUGCCUGGCUCUCUACUCCAAACCCUAUUCCCAAUUUCCAGUGCGGCACACUGGAAGAGGACGGACCCGGGGGGAACCUGACGGAGCGCAGUCUCCAGGACGCACAGCGGCUCUUCCUCAUGAGCGACGUUGUCCAACCCAUCACCACCAACCCUUUGCUCACCCAGGACAACGUGCGCUUCUCCAAGCUGGUGGUGGACAUCGUGCAGGGCCGAGAUGCUCUCUACCAUGUCAUGUACAUUGGCACAGAGUACGGCAGCAUCCUGAAGGCUCUGGCCACAACCAACAAAAGCCUUCACGGCUGCUACCUCGAAGAGCUCCGGAUCCUCCCAGAGGGGCAAAGGGGAACGAUAAGGAGUCUAAAGAUCCUGCACAAGGACAGGUCGCUGUUUGUGGGGCUGGACGACCGACUGGUGAAGAUCCCAUUGGAACGCUGCUCCAGCUAUACAGCCGAACGGGAAUGCUUGGAGGCUCGGGACCCCUACUGUGGAUGGGACCUCGAACAGAAACGCUGCACCACCAUCGAAGGGAGCUCCAACAUGAACCACUGGACCCAGAACAUCACUGAAUGCCCAGUGAGGAACCUGACGCAGGACGGUGGUUUUGGUCCCUGGGCGGCGUGGCAGCCUUGUAACCAGGACGACGGCGAGGGCACUUUCAGCAGCUGCAAGUGUCGUUCCCGCUCGUGCGAUGGACCGGUGGCCAGAUGUGGAGGCGCCGAAUGUACAGGUCCGACCAUCCAAGUGGCAAACUGCUCCAGAAACGGCGGCUGGACUCCCUGGUCCUCCUGGGGUCAGUGCAGCAGCAGCUGCGGCAUCGGGUUUGAGGUGAGGCAGCGGUCCUGCAACAACCCCUCCCCUCGCCACGGAGGGCGGAUCUGCGUCGGCCAGAGUCGGGAGGAGAGGCUGUGCAACGAGAAAAAGCCGUGCCCCCUGCCUGUGUUGUGGACAGCUUGGGGGACCUGGGCUCACUGCAGCAACGAAUGUGGUGGAGGGGUCCAGUCCAGGACUAGAACCUGUGAGAACGGGAACAGCUGCCCCGGAUGUGCAAUGGAGUACAAAGUCUGCAACCUGGAGAGUUGCCCUGAGGUUCGUCGCAACACCCCCUGGACCCCCUGGAUGCCGGUCAACGUGAGUCACGACGGGUCACGGCAGGAGCAGAGGCUCAGGUACACCUGCCGCGCACCGCUUCAAGACCUCCAGCAGCUCCAGCUGGGCAAGAAGAAGCUGGAGACCCGUUUCUGCCCAAACGAUGGCUCUGGAGCUUGCCAGACUGACUCUCUGGUUGAAGAUUUGGUCCGGACUAGUGGCAGAACUAUGUCCCAGCCCCUAGGCGCCCGAUGGGGACCCUGGGAAACGUGGUCCAGCUGCUCCCAGCAGUGCUCCAGGGGUUUCAGAACCAGAAAACGGAGUUGCUCCACCUCAGAGGGCAGGACCAACCUGGCAGCUUGUGCCGGAUCCCCAGUGGAGUAUCAGGACUGUAACGCUCACCCCUGCCCAGUGAGCGGAGCGUGGUCGUGCUGGUCUGCCUGGUCCCAAUGUUCCUGCAGCUGUGGAGGGGGCCACUAUCAGCGGACUCGGACGUGCAGCAGCCCGGCCCCUGCAAACGGAGGGGACAUCUGUAUCGGCCUGCAUACGGAAGAGGCCCUCUGUAAUAUUCACCCCUGUGAAGGCUGGGGGGAAUGGACAGACUGGGGUGAGUGUGACGACGAGGGUCUGCAGCAUCGCAGCCGUCGCUGUGGGGAGGAGCAGCAGGCGGAGGCCGGCCUCUGCCAGGGAAACCUUACUCAGUCCAGACAGUGCCAGCCGCACGAGGUGCCAGUGAUUUUACCCGGGCAGGAGAACCAGAGCUGUGGAACCUUUACCUUGUUCCAGUUGGUGGCAGUGGGCUCAGCCAGCUUCUUCGCUGCAGCUCUCCUCUCAGGCCUGGCAUACUCAUACUGCCACCACCUGAACCGACCCUCGGCAGAGUCCGCCGUCAUCCACCCCAGCACGCCCAACCACCUGACGUACAACAAGCAGGGCAAUGUCGCGCCAAAGAACGAGAAGUACAUCCCCAUGGAGUUUAAGAUGCUAAACAAGAACAAUCUUCACGUGAACGAUGAGACGUGCAACCACUUCUCCUCCCCGAUGGCCUCCAGCAACAUGUUCACCACCACAUACUACCCUCCCUGUGGGAGCAAGUACGACUUCCAUCCCGACUCCCCCUGCAGGUCCUACAUGCACAGCUGAGAGGAGCCCAACGAACAACAUUCCCUAUUUUCCUUCUCGUCGCCUCUACGAACGGCUUCCUCUGCAACAAAACAACCUGAAAGUAACACAUCUAAAAUAUUAUCCCGCCAUUUAUUUUAGAAUUUCUUUUAAAUUUGAUUCUCUGAAAACUUGAAUAUUACAGAAGACCAGUAGUUACAAAUUCAGAUAUAUUAGGUUAUGAAAAAUGGUGAACAAGAGUGCAAGUUCGACAGUUGUCCAGUCCGACAUCUUCCUCAUGGAGGGGAACCACAAAAACCUCUGCUGAAGGAGGUGGCUGUUCACAUAGGGCUGUUUCACUGCAUAUUGAUGGAAAGUUGAGUGGAAGGAAAACGUCUGGCAGAAAAAGGUGCACAAGAACACAAAUAGCUGCAGCCUUGAGAAGAUUACCAAGCAUAGUCGCUAUUAAAGCAAUCAGAGCUUCACCAACACUUCAGCAGAACCACAGGCUGAUCCUUAGGCCACCCUGCAUUGAUGCAGUAAUUCAUGCAAAAACGAGCCCUGGCCAAGUACUGAGUGUAUGUACUGCAGAGUACAUGCAUUCCAGUCUUGCCUCGAAUGGUAAAUGUGGAAAAUGUUUUACGCCGGAUGUCCUUCCUGACAACGCUCUGCAUUUAUCCAGGCUUGGGAGCCGCCCAAGUAGGACACGGGACACUGUGUCCCCUUUGAGGCUCUAUUAUUUCAUUGGCUGUCGGCCACAAUCACCAAAAUUACCAGAAAUUAAGUCUGGAAAAAUAUGUCUGUGUGUAAGUGGGGUCGGAGAAAGAAGGUCCUGGGAGCACAAGUUCUCUCUGGGUACCCUGGCUUUCUUCCACAGUACAAAAACAUGACUGUUAAGGUACGUUCACACCAAACGCGAAAAAGUUAAAUUUUUUCGUUGAUCGCCUCAUCCUCUCGUCUGUUCAACUCACCAUGGCAGACCUCGAUUUUACCGAGCGAGUUACGGUGUUGUAUGUAAUGUGGAAAGCUGAACAACGCCGCCAGGGUCCCUCGGUCCACCAAAGCCUCCAGAGAUGCACCCGGUUCGGCGAUUACUAUCACCAGCUCCAAUAGCUGCGUCUGGAUGAUGGUCGCUUUUGUCUGUCCAUGACUCAGUAUGAGGACCUGCGGUCCCGCGUUUGGGGACGGAUCACCCUGUGAGACACUCACUACAUGCGCUCUAUCCCUGCUGCAGAGCACCUGUCCAUCUGUUACUGUUCUGUAAAUUAACCAAUAGUCAAAAGAAUACAGCGUAAUUGUACUGUCUAAAUAUGGAUAAGGAGGGAAGCAUCAGCUAGCUUGAAUCGCCUUGUUGAGUCAUGGAGAGAGAGCUGAGUUAUGUUGGUAGUUACUCCACGGUUCAGUCUUUUGAGGUGGAGGAUUUUCACCCCCCUGGUAACCGGAGGUUGAGGGAGUCUUUUUGUGGAGUCCAGCGGCCCAGAGCCUUAUCAGUCUGAGCCGCUGAAUGAAGGUGCUGACUCAGCAAUGCCUGAAGCCGGUGCUGCCGAGGCAGUGGAAGCGUGUCUCAGGACGAGGCAGGAGCUGUUCUAUGGCAAUACAAUCAACAUUUAAUUGCUAGACGGGAUAUUAAUUACUGAUAUCUGCAACAUAAUUUAGCAUAAUCCAAACUCUUAUUCAAAAUAUCUAUAAUUAGAUUUUGACUAGUCAAAACUCUAAUAACAUAUCAGUAAUUCAGUUUUGCCUAGUAAGAUUCGAACUAUAUUCAUGUGUCGUUUGCAAUCAUAGAUAUGUGUAAUUUAGUUUUGACUAGUCACAAUGACAGUAGCUACAUCGUAAAUCAAAAUUCAAACUAGUCACAGUGACAUUACGACAAGUCAAAAUGACGUUAUAGACAUCUAUAAUGGUAAUUCCAGAUAGUUAAACUUACUACUUAAAUGUUAAAUCAUUAUUUUUUAUUACUUUACUUUAGGGGCUCAGUACGCAUCCAACACUCUGUUUGCCGUUUCGCUUUGCUUCAUUCGCAUCGCUCAAAAUGCCCAUGAUCACGUCUUAGAGUCAACAUGUAAAUCCCUCGCUCUAUUCGCCUUGUUUGCGGUCGGUGUGAACGUACUUUUAGGUUAACGGAUCUUUCUAAAUCGCCCCAGGUAUGUGUGUGCAUGCAUGAUUGUCCUAUGUGUGUCUGUUGCUCUUUAACGGACUGGUGACCUGUCCAGGGUGUACCCCGCCUCUCGACCAGUGAUCGCUAGAAAAAGACCCCCCCGAAAGGAUAAGUGGUUAAAGACAAUAGACAGAUGUGUAAUAAGUCUAUAUAACAUAUGAGUUUCACUGUUUGAAUGACAUUACUUAAAGGUUUUGAUGGUAUUCGCGUUUAUUGACAUGCACCCAUAGUUUUAUUUUUGUUUCAAUUUACCUGAUCUAAGAGAAGAGGAAGAAGCUUGUGUCCUGGCCUCACAGGUAGAGCGCUGCCUUUGGUCAGGUUGAUUCAUGAACCACAAAGACACCGUUGACAGAGGCUCACUGGAACCAAAACAGAAAUGCAGCAGCCUUCUAGUCAACAAGGAGGAUGUGCUUUCUUACAUACUCUCUGAAAACGAACAAUGGCACCUGAUUGUUCUCCAGGUUCGAAGGUUUCAACCUCCAGAGCUAUAAAAUACCUGCAGAAACUCACCAUACCUGGAUUUACUACAACUGAACAUGAACAGUCAACCAGUUAUGUGGACUUUUUACAUUUUUGGCCAGUAUACCGAGAGACCCCACUGAGUGACAGACUGGUUUUACCCCAGCUGGGGCACAUGUAAUAAUAAUAGCCACGCACACUGAAUGGAUUCAUGCUUUUACAUGCAGAUCUGUGGCUCACUUGCUUUAAUUUUUGUGUAAAACCUACAAUGUAAAAAAGGACUAAAUAGAAAUCUUCAUGAUCCACAGCAAAAUGUGUAAAUUAUCUUACAUGUGUUUAAUGACGCCGCGGUUGAAUAAUGUGGAGUAAUUAAAUAUAAAAUGAAAUCCGGUUAUGUCAUGGUCUGUGUACAGCUCUGCUCAGAAGUUUACAUACACAGCAUCAUGAUUGUGGGUUCAAUAAUAGUUUCAGGGUGUUAAUGGUGCAUUUAAAUUGUUCUUCUUCCAGAAGAGAACUAUUAGACAAAUACAUAUCCCGAUUAAGUUUAAAAACACCAACUAGAUUGGAUCUUACAGGCUCAAAUACAUAUCAACACCCCAUUUAUUAUCUGGGUAUAUUUCCCGUGACAAGUUGCACGUUGACCACAUGUUUUUUUUCUAGCCAUCAGCAAGCUACUGGCACAUUUCUGCCUGAAUAUUUUAACAUUCCUCUGGGAGCAGACUUGCUUUAAAGCUUAGGUCAUACAUUUUUGAUGGGGUUGAGGUCGGGUCCAUCCUUGAAAACUGUUAGCCUGCCUUAUCCAGUUUAAAUGUGGAUUAGGUAUUGUGGCAAUGGUCAAGCACCCAGUGUCUCCAACUUUCUGUUUAGUUGUUGAUUUGAGGUGAAGACGAAGAAUUUGGUUAUUUUUUCACCUUCUUUGCCAAAGGAAGAACCACAGCAUGAUGCUGCCACCACCAUGCUUGGCAGCUGAUGCAGUGUUGCUUUGUCUUAAAGGCUAACCUGGACUCCUCCCAAACAUACUUUUUGUCAAACAGAUCAACCUUUGGUGGGUCCAUGUGAAUAAGCUAGCAGUUUCUGGUGUCAGGGUCGGGGCAGGCGUUUCUUUUUUUGGAGCCCGGGGUUUAGAGGGUCCCGGGGCAUACCAGGCCUGAGGUGCAGUGGUUCCUGGGUUAUUCCUGGAGUUCUUUUCAUGUGAGGCCGAAAGCCUGGAUCCCAUGGUCUAAACAUUU